AUGCCAUCCGCUGAGUAUAUUCUAGUGGUUAUCGACUACUACAGUCGCUAUAUGGAGUUAGAAGUGAUGAAUAAGAUUACCGCUCAGGAGACAAUCAAAAGAUUGAAACGAAUUUUUCGUAUCUGGGGGCCACCAAGAACGAUCACUUUGGACAAUGCUAAACAGUUCGUAUCUAGUGAAUUGGAAGAGUAUUGUAAAACAAAUGGCAUUUACCUAAAUCACACGUCUCCAUACUGGCCACAAGCAAAUGGCGAGGUCGAACGCCAAAAUAGAUCAUUAUUGAAAAGAAUGAAAAUAGCUAACGCUCUGUAUGACAAUUGGAAGGCUGAACUUGACAACUACCUGGAUCUCUACAAUAAUACUCCGCAUACAAUUACUGGCAAGGCGCCUAGUGAGCUUUUACAAAACCGGAAGUUGCGCACAAAACUCCCUUGUGUCGACGACAUCGAAACCAUGCCCCCAGUACCGAUUUCCGAAAUCAGGAUCACGAGAAAAAUGUCAUGCAAAACAGUGGGAGGAUGA